AUGCGCGCCCUCCAAGGGAUGGCAUGCACCUUCCGCAUCACCUCGCACCGCCUGGUCCGCACCGCUGCGACGAAGCGCCUGUCAAGCACAGACUCUGUGUUGACGCUCCUGAAGUGGGUGGAGCGGCACAUCUCCAAGCGUCCCAUGCCCGAGGAGUCCAGCCCGUUAACCUGGCGUGCCGGGAAAAUGAUGAACCUGAAAUCUCCAAUGGUGGUCGUGUCCAAUCGUCUACCUUUCAUCCUCCGUAAAGACGAGCACGGCGAACUGCAGCGGAAGCAAUGCGCCGGCGGACUGGUGACAGCCGUGGCCCCGGUCGUGAUCCAGUGCGGCGGGCUCUGGGUGGGCUGGCCGGGGAUCCACCUGGACGACCCGUCCCAGCCCGUGCCCGAGUCGGCCCCGGAGGACAAGGGGCCCUCGGCGGGCCUCAGGUCGGAUCAGGUGAGGCUGGGGUCGGGGGCGACUCCGGGUCGACGUGUUUCGAGGCACGUCGACUCGAGGUUGUUGCCCGUCCGACAAGGACGGGUCGUGCCGGUCCACGUGGAAGAGCAGAUGUUCGACGACUACUACAACGGCUGCUGCAAUGCCACCUUCUGGCCUCUCUUCCAUUCCAUGCCCGACCGGGCCGUCUUUCAGGCGGACAAGUGGGAGUCAUACUCGACGGUGAACGCAAUGUUCGCCUACCAAACUGUGGAGGCCCUGAAGAGGCUGAAGGCGAAGGAGAAGGAGGGCGAGGAGCGCAUCCCCUUGGUCUGGAUCCACGAUUAUCACCUCAUGCUCGCUGCUAAUCACAUCCGGCAGCAAUGCGAAGAGGAGAAUCUGAAAUGCAAGUUGGGAUUCUUCCUCCACAUUCCCUUCCCGCCGUGGGACAUCUUCCGUCUCUUCCCCUGGGACGACGAGGUCCUCCAAGGAAUCCUUGGGUGCGACAUGGUGGGAUUUCACAUCGAGGACUACUGUCGGAAUUUCCUGGACUGCUGCCAGCGGCGACUGGGCUGCCGGGUGGACCGGGUCCACAACCUGGUCGACGUGGCAGAGAGGACGGUGAAGGUCCGGGCUCUGCCGAUCGGGAUCCCGUACAAGCGGUUCGAGGAGAUGGCCAACGCGGCGCCCAGGGCGCUGCAGUCCUCCCAGCAGAUCAUCCUCGGGGUGGAUCGGCUCGAUUAUACCAAGGGUCUCGUCAAUAGGAUCCGAUCCUUCGAGAGACUGCUGGAGAAGCAUCCCGAGCACCUGGGGAAGGUGACGCUGCUGCAGGUGGCCGUCCCUUCCCGGACGGACGUGAAGGAGUACCAGCAGCUGAAGGAGCAGAUAGACCUGGAGAUCGGACGCAUCAACGGACGCUUCUCCACGCCCAAUUGGUCCCCCAUCCGGUACAUCUAUGGCUGUAUUUCCCAGGAUGAGCUCGCCGCCUUUUACAGGGAUUCGUCUGUGGCACUGGUGACCCCUCUUCGAGAUGGAAUGAACCUGGUGGCGAAGGAAUACGUGGCUUGUCAGGUGGAUAAGCCAGGCGUGCUGAUCCUGUCUCCCUUCGCGGGAGCCGGGGAGACGAUGCACGAGGCCCUGCUCGUGAAUCCCUACGAACUGGACGACGUGGCGGACACCCUCCAUCGGGCCCUCACGAUGCCCGAUGAUGAGCGGGAGAUGCGCAUGCAUCACCUGAAAAAGAGGGAGCAGACCAUGAAUGUGGACUUCUGGCUCAACGCCUUCCUCAAGGCGAUGGUUCAUGGCUUGCUCUUCACUCCGACUGCUUUGGGACUUCGGGACCUUAAAUAUUACCGUAUUGAAAAAAAGAUUUCCCAUUUUUCCCUGUCCUCAUCGUGGGUGAAGAGCAUGGGUGAGCAUCAGUCGAUGACCAUGGAGGAGCAGCUUGGCAAUCUUCAUCUCGAUCCGUAUCUGAAAAAAGCGAUGGGAGGCAUAGAAGCGUUGGGAGGCAUGGACACCGGCGAGAAUGAACCGAUGGGUACAAAGACCUUGGGACCCAUGACGAUGGAGGAUUUCGAUGAGGUCCUCAGCGACUACAUCGGAGACACGGCCAAGAUAGCCCUUCUCCUGGACUACGACGGAACGCUGGCCCCCAUCGCGCCUAAGCCGGACUUGGCCCUCAUGCCUGCGGAGACGAAGAACAUCCUCGUCCGACUGAGCAACAGCAGCGACGUCGCCAUCGCCAUCGUAUCCGGGCGAAGCCUGGAAGACGUGCGGAAGAUGGUCGGGAUCGAUGGAAUCACCUACGCCGGGAAUCACGGCCUGGAGAUUCUCCACCCAGACGGGAGCAAGUUCGUCCACCCGGUCCCCGAGGAGUAUCACGAGAAGAUGCGGAACAUGUGUCGGGAGCUGCAGGAUGAAUUAUGCAGGGAGGGUGCCUGGGUCGAGAACAAGGGUGCCAUCUUAACUUAUCACUUCCGCGCUGUCCCGAUCCAGCUCAGAGGUUCAUUCAAGCAGAGGGCGACAGCUAUCAUCUCCAAGAACGGCUUCAGGGCCUAUCCGGCUCAUUGCGCCAUCGAAGCCAGGCCACCAGUCCAAUGGGGAAAAGUAUCCAAAGAAGGGGCAGGGACUUCACCUAACGGGUUCCUUGCAUUCCCUACCCGACAAGAAUUUAAGCGCUUGAAUUCUCAAGAAGGCAAGAAAAAUGCUAGCCGAGAUUACUGGUGUCAGCAUUGGGUGAAGGGUCGAGCAUCCAUCUACAUCCUUCGAACCAUGUUUGGCGUGGACUGGCUGGAGCGGAUCCGCGUCAUCUACGUCGGGGAUGACGUCACGGAUGAGGAUGCCAUGCGUACCCUUCAAGGAGUGGCAUGCACCUUCCGCGUCACCUCGCACCGCCUGGUCCGUACUGCUGCGAGCAAGCGCCUGUCGAGCACAGACUCUGUGCUGACGCUCCUGAAAUGGGUGGAACGGCACAUCAUGAAGCGUCAAAUGCUUGAAGAAUCCUACAGCCCCACGUUCCACCACGCAAACGGAAACCACAGCCCCGAACAGAACGACGCCGACGAAAGCGAACAGAAGAAGCGACGGCGUUCCAGCAGCAUCGGUCGAGCCCCAUCCGUCGACCUGUGCCACGGAGGGAUGCGGAUCGAAGUCUCGCUCGACGAGUCCUCGCUGGACGGGAGCGACUUGGAUUGCAUACGCAAGAAGAGGCGUUCGUCCAGCUUCGGUCUGGCCAAUCCUGAAGUGGAUUGCGAGACCAUCCCAGAAGUCAAUGGACCUCCGUCGCCCUUGCCUAUUCUCAACUGGCGGUAUAUGGCCUACGGAGUAGAGCGUCCGCGUGCCGUCCAGGAGGCCAGGCUUCGAGCCUGGCCGCCGCCUCACCCAGGUCGUAAUUGGGAACACACCGACUUUCUCCGCCUGGCGCUCGGCUUGAAAUUGAGAGAGUGGUGUGGGACCUUUCUCCCCCACCCCGAAAGGGGUGGGGAAAGGGUGACGGAGUUCUGCGAGAAGAACCGGAUGGGGCUGUCGAACCUGGCGAUCGUGUUCGGGCCGACGCUGAUGUGGCCCGAGUCGGGCGACAACCUGAACAUGGCGCUGAACCUGAUGCAGCAGAACCUGGUCGUCGAGGCCUUGCUGGUCCACUUCAAGGACAUCUUC